AUGCCCCGCGGAGGCCAUAAAGGCCUUUUAUUUCCAACUAGCGGUGUUAACUUAAAUUUUUUUGGAAGGAGAAGAAGGCGUGGUUUAUACCAUCAUUGUACAAAUGAAAUAUUCAGGCCUAGUUGGGGACCUAUUAAACAACCGACUAUUUCACAUUAUUUAAAUUUAUUAAAAUGGAAAAAUGGUACUAUUUCUGAAUCUGAAAUGCUUCCACCUCAAAAUGUGUAUGGCAAAGAUGUCCGUUCAGCAUGGCCCGUACCACCAAAUGAAUUUAUCUCUAGAAUGUAUGAUAAAAAUGAAUUGCGCUAUUUCAAGCCAGUGUUAAUGUCCAAUUCUGACAGAAUUCGUAAUUAUAUAUAUAAUGUACUAGAUUCCACAAACUCAAGAUACAAUGGGUUUAUUGGACUAAAUCAAAACCCAGAACAUACAAUUUCAUCACAACACAUAUCAAAAAUAGUAAAUCUCGAAAACGAUUCAUCAUUGCCAAAAAUCAACUUGCAUAUUGCAAGAUGUGAGAGAAGGUUCAAAAGGCUAGAACACUUGAUUAAAGAAUCUGAUUCAUGGAGGACUAUCACUCACCAUCACCAGUCAUCUACCAAUCCAUUUCCGCACGUGAAUGAAGGCGCCUCACUAAUUAGGAAUUUACCAAUAUCUGAAGUUUUAUAUACAAAGGGAAACCAUAGGCUAGGUAGAAGAGCACAUCCGAAAUGGUAUACUGCAAGGUACCGGAAAUUUAUGAAAAAGAGGGAACUUAACGAAAAAUUAAGUCAGCUUCAUUUGGAAGCAUCCACCGAGUGAAUUAUUUUAAAUUUUACAUUUUUUGAUCGAUUUUGUAAUUUUGUAAAUAAAUCUGAUAAAUUUUAUUA